AAUCGCCUUUUAUCUCUGGCCCUGGGACCUUUGCCUAUUUUCUGAUUGAUAGGCUUUGUUUUGUCUUUACCUCCUCCUUUCUGGGGAAAACUUCAGUUUUAUCGCAGGUUCCCCUUUUCCAUAUCUUCAUCUUCCCUCUACCCAGAUUGUGAAGAUGGAAAGGGUCCAACCCCUGGAAGAGAAUGUGGGAAAUGCAGCCAGGCCAAGAUUCGAGAGGAACAAGCUAUUGCUGGUGGCCUCUGUAAUUCAGGGACUGGGGCUGCUCCUGUGCUUCACCUACAUCUGCCUGCACUUCUCUGCUCUUCAGGUAAGAUGCACCACUGGGCGCUGUUUUCCCACCAGCUCAUGCUGAUGGCAGCUGCAACAGCCGCAAACAGUCGCUUGGAAAUAAUCUUAUGCCAAAAGUGUUGAGUUUUUUUUCCCUCUCCCCACAGCAAUCGUAAAGUGUGGUUAAACGCCCUUCUGUCUCUCCUUUCCUUCCUUCUUUUCAGCAGUGGCAGUGGUAGGGCAGAGUGGAGGUAGGGCAGAGGCACAGCUUCUAGAUCUUUUUCUUUUUCUUUGCAAUGCAAGAUUCCUUGUAUCCCUUUAUAAGCUGUCACUUUGAAGCUUUGAGUCACUGAUAUACCUGGUCUACCCAUUGUGAUAGUAAUGUGUUUGAUCAGGCAAUUAAUAUUAAAAGGAAAUAGGAAAGAGACCAGUUCCACUUUCCCAUAAUAUUCAUAUACUCUAUAGACCUGCAAGGUGAUUUUCUUUGUAAAGAAUGCUGAAGGUAUCAAUAUUAAUAGUGGAGCAAUGUGUGCGUGCAUGUGUGUGUGCCUAUGUGCUCACUCAUUCACCCCAAUGAUUUAAUCAGAUAUUGUUUCUCACAAUCUAUCUCUUCCAGUCAUAAUUUAAAGGCAUCAUUUCACCUUUUCCCUACCUUAUUAAAUACAUCAUGUAGUAGGAGAUUAUCCUUCUAGUAUUUUCCCCAUAUAGUUAAAAUAUUUCCAUUUUUCUUUCACUUUAUUCUUGUUCCACACUUCUCUCUUUUGCAUUAUUUUUUCUUAUUCAGUAGUUCAGAUAUACAAACAUUAUUAGGUAUUUAAGGAUGUUCUUCACUGCAGAAGAUGCCACUGGAGAAAAAUAAAUCUAUACUCUCUUCGUGUUCCUUUGUUGAGCUAGUCUGAUAAUCUUGUUUUCUAGGUGGUUGCUUUGGGUUAGAAAUGCUUCUCCCUGAUAAAGUUCAGGUAAUACAAACUGAUUUCUGAUGGUCUUGUCUGAGAUUAAGCACCUCCAAUGAAACCAGAAUGAGAUGAGAAGUCUUGGCAAAUGCCUGGGCUUGUUUCUGCCUACAGGAAAUAGGGUUUUCAGUGCAUGGAGGCUGGUAAGAGUGUGUGUGGUUAUGAUCACUGUACCACAGACAGUGCUUGUGUCUCCAAAUUCCAGAAGUGUAGCUAGUGUCAUGCUCAGGUCUGCAGACCAGUGAGCACAACAACACUUUCAUCCUCUCCUCAUCACACCACACUCUUAUGUCUUCUCGCAGAACUCUUUGGGUGAAAUUAAAGUAGGCGAUUCGGGGAGAGGGUGUGGGGGAAGAGUAAGGUGUCCAUGGCAGGAUGCCCAAGACAUCGACCGGAUGCCCAAGACAUCAACCGGAAUUAGGCUCUUUUGAGAAGAAAACAAAGAGAGUAACCAAAUAUAGAACAGCUGAGUGCAUUCACCAAUCUGGGAGCCCUGAGAGUGCUUUUUCUAACAACCACAGUGUUACAUAUUUCCUUACACCAUGGGAUGAUAAAACACAGGACACAUGGCUCCAUUCAAGGCUAACUGAUUGCACAACGGCUCUGAGCAGGAGAGAGCAAAAGGUGAACCACAGUUGUACAGCUUGCUGGUGGUUGGGGUCACAUUGGACUAUCAAUAUCCAGGAGAUGUUGAGAAAAAGAGGGGAUCCUUUCCAACAAGUCAUCCAGCAACUCUGGGACAGAAGGAAAGCUGUGGGAAGAAAAGCAGGGUGCUGGUUUCUAGGACACUAAACCUCAUGGUAUCACAUCGGUAUCCUCGAAUUCAAAGUAUCAAAGUACAAUUUACCGAAUAUAAGAAGGAGAAAGGUUUCAUCCUCACUUCCCAAAAGGAGGAUGAAGUCAUGAAGGUGCAGAACAACUCAGUCAUCAUCAACUGUGAUGGGUUUUAUCUCAUCUCCCUGAAGGGCUACUUCUCCCAGGAAGUCAACAUUAGCCUUCAUUACCAGAAGGAUGAGGAGCCCCUCUUCCAACUGAAGAAGGUCAGGUCUGUCAACUCCUUGAUGGUGGCCUCUCUGACUUACAAAGACAAAGUCUACUUGAAUGUGACCACUGACAAUACCUCCCUGGAUGACUUCCAUGUGAAUGGCGGAGAACUGAUUCUUAUCCAUCAAAAUCCUGGUGAAUUCUGCGUCCUUUGAGGGGCUGAUGGCAAUAUCUAAAACCAGGCACCAGCAUGAACACCAAGCUGGGGGUGGACAGGGCAUGGAUUCUUCAUUGCAAGUGAAGGAGCCUCCCAGCUCAGCCACGUGGGAUGUGACAAGAAGCAGAUCCUGGCCCUCCCGCCCCCACCCCUCAGGGAUAUUUAAAACUUAUUUUAUAUACCAGUUAAUCUUAUUUAUCCUUAUAUUUUCUAAAUCGCCUAGCCAUCACACCCCAAGAUUGCCUUGAGCCUACUAGGCACCUUUGUGAGAAAGAAAAAAUAGAUGCCUCUUCUUCAAGAUGCAUUGUUUCUAUUGGUCAGGCAAUUGUCAUAAUAAACUUAUGUCAUUGAAAACGGUACCUGACUACCAUUUGCUGGAAAUUUGACAUGUGUGUGGCAUUAUCAAAAUGAAGAGGAGCAAGGAGUGAAGGAGUGGGGUUAUGAAUCUGCCAAAGGUGGUAUGAACCAACCCCUGGAAGCCAAAGCGGCCUCUCCAAGGUUAAAUUGAUUGCAGUUUGCAUAUUGCCUAAAUUUAAACUUUCUCAUUUGGUGGGGGUUCAAAAGAAGAAUCAGCUUGUGAAAAAUCAGGACUUGAAGAGAGCCGUCUAAGAAAUACCACGUGCUUUUUUUCUUUACCAUUUUGCUUUCCCAGCCUCCAAACAUAGUUAAUAGAAAUUUCCCUUCAAAGAACUGUCUGGGGAUGUGAUGCUUUGAAAAAUCGAAUCAGUGACUUAAGAGAGAUUUUCUUGUAUACAGGGAGAGUGAGAUAACUUAUUGUGAAGGGUUAGCUUUACUGUACAGGAUAGCAGGGAACUGGACAUCUCAGGGUAAAAGUCAGUACGGAUUUUAAUAGCCUGGGGAGGAAAACACAUUCUUUGCCACAGACAGGCAAAGCAACACAUGCUCAUCCUCCUGCCUAUGCUGAGAUACACACUCAGCUCCAUGUCUUGUACACACAGAAACAUUGCUGGUUUCAAGAAAUGAAGUGAUCCUAUUAUCAAAUUCAAUUUGAUGUCAAAUAGCACUAAGAAGUUAUUGUGCCUUAUGAAAAAUAAUGAUCUCUGUCUAGAAAUACCAUAGACCAUAUAUAGUCUCACACUGAUAAUUGAAACUAGAAGGGUCUAUAAUCAGCCUAUGCCAGGGCUUCAAUGGAAUAGUAUCCCCUUAUGUUUAGUUGAAAUGUCCCCUUAACUUGAUAUAAUGUGUUAUGCUUAUGGCGCUGUGGACAAUCUGAUUUUUCAUGUCAACUUUCCAGAUGAUUUGUAACUUCUCUGUGCCAAACCUUUUAUAAACAUAAAUUUUUGAGAUAUGUAUUUUAAAAUUGUAGCACAUGGUUCCCUGACAUUUUAAAUAGAGGAUACAACAUCACAGAAUCUUUCUGGAUGAUUCUGUGUUAUCAAGGAAUUGUACUGUGCUACAAUUAUCUCUAGAAUCUCCAGAAAGGUGGAGGGCUGUUCGCCCUUACACUAAAUGGUCUCAGUUGGAUUUUUUUUUCCUGUUUUCUAUUUCCUCUUAAGUACAUCUUCAACUAUAUUCCCAUCCCUCUAUUUUAAUCUGUUAUGAAGGAAGGUAAAUAAAAAUGCUAAAUAGAAGAAAUUGUAGGUAAGGUAAGAGGAAUCAAGUUCUGAGUGGCUGCCAAGGCACUCACAGAAUCAUAAUCAUGGCUAAAUAUUUAUGGAGGGCCUACUGUGGACCAGGCACUGGGCUAAAUACUUACAUUUACAAGAAUCAUUCUGAGACAGAUAUUCAAUGAUAUCUGGCUUCACUACUCAGAAGAUUGUGUGUGUGUUUGUGUGUGUGUGUGUGUGUGUAUUUCACUUUUUGUUAUUGACCAUGUUCUGCAAAAUUGCAGUUACUCAGUGAGUGAUAUCCGAAAAAGUAAACGUUUAUGACUAUAGGUAAUAUUUAAGAAAAUGCAUGGUUCAUUUUUAAGUUUGGAAUUUUUAUCUAUAUUUCUCACAGAUGUGCAGUGCACAUGCAGGCCUAAGUAUAUGUUGUGUGUGUUGCUUGUCUUUGAUGUCAUGGUCCCCUCUCUUAGGUGCUCACUCGCUUUGGGUGCACCUGGCCUGCUCUUCCCAUGUUGGCCUCUGCAACCACACAGGGAUAUUUCUGCUAUGCACCAGCCUCACUCCACCUUCCUUCCAUCAAAAAUAUGUGUGUGUGUCUCAGUCCCUGUAAGUCAUGCCUUCACAGGGAGAAUUAACCCUUCUAUAUAUGUGGCAGAGUUUUGUGGAAAAAGAAUUGAAUGAAAAGUCAGGAGAUCAGAAUUUUAAAUUUGACUUAGCCACUAACUAGCCAUGUAACCUUAGGAAAGUCAUUUCCCAUUUCUGGGUCUUGCUUUUCUUUCUGUUAAAUGAGAGGAAUGUUAAAUAUCUAACAGUUUAGAAUCUUAUGCUUACAGUGUUAUCUGUGAAUGCACAUAUUAAAUGUCUAUGUUCUUGUUGCUAUGAGUCAAGGAGUGUAACCUUCUCCUUUACUAUGUUGAAUGUAUUUUUUUCUGGACAAGCUUACAUCUUCCUCAGCCAUCUUUGUGAGUCCUUCAAGAGCAGUUAUCAAUUGUUACUUAGAUAUUUUCUAUUUAGAGAAUGCUUAAGGGAUUCCAAUCCCGAUCCAAAUCAUAAUUUGUUCUUAAGUAUACUGGGCAGGUCCCCUAUUUUAAGCCAUAAUUUUGUAUUUAGUGCUUUCCUGGCUCUCAGAGAGUAUUAAUAUUGAUAUUAAUAAUAUAGUUAAUAGUAAUAUUGCUAUUUACAUGGAAACAAAUAAAAGAUCUCAGAAUUCACUA